AUGGUCAGAACUAUUAAACAAAUCAAGGCAAGAGAGAUCUUGGACAGCCGUGGAAACCCAACUGUUGAGGUAGAUCUGUUCACUGACGAUGGUGCUAUGUUCCGUGCUGCCGUCCCAUCUGGUGCCUCCACCGGUGUCCAUGAGGCCGUCGAGCUUAGAGACGGUGACAAGUCUAGAUACCUUGGAAAGGGUGUCCUCAAGGCCAUCGAGAACAUCAAGACCAUCGAGAAGGCCGUCAUCGGAAUGGAUGUCACCAAGCAGUCAGAGAUUGACAAGGCUAUGAUCACCCUCGAUGGCACCAACAACAAGGGCAAGCUCGGUGCCAACGCCAUCCUGGCCGUCAGUAUGGCCGUGUGCAGAGCCGGUGCCGCCGCCUCGCAACUCCCACUCUACAAGUACAUCGCUCGUCUCGCUGGUCGCUCCGAGACUCAGUUCAUUCUCCCAGUGCCAGCAUUCAAUGUCAUCAACGGAGGUAGCCACGCUGGCAACCGUCUUGCCAUGCAAGAGUUCAUGAUUCUCCCAGUCGGUGCCCCAAGCUUCAAGGAGGCCCUUCGCAUGGGUGCUGAGGUCUACCACAGCCUCAAGGACGUCAUCAAGUCCCGUUAUGGUCAGGAUGCCAUCAAUGUCGGAGAUGAGGGAGGUUUUGCCCCACCCAUCCUCUCCAACAAGGACGGUCUCGAUCUGCUCGUCCAGGCCAUCCAAAAGUCUGGUCACGAGGGCAAGGUUAAGAUCGGUAUGGACUGUGCUGCCUCUGAGUUCUGCACACCAAAGGGAUACGAUCUUGACUUCAAGACCAAGAACAACGACGGCUCCCAGGUCAUCUCUGGUGAGGCUCUUGGUGAUCUCUACAGAUCAUUCGUUGCCCAGUAUCCAGUCAUUUCCAUCGAGGAUCCAUUCGAUCAGGAUGAUUGGGAGUCAUACAGCAAGCUCACAGCUUCAGUCCCAAUCCAAAUUGUUGGUGAUGAUCUGCUGGUCACCAACCCACAGAGAAUCAAGGAGGGUAUCCAGAAGAAGGCAUGCAAUGCCCUCUUGCUCAAGGUUAACCAGAUUGGUUCCGUCACUGAGAGUAUUGAGGCAUGCACCAUGUCACAGAAUGAGAAGUGGGGCGUCAUGGUCAGCCACAGAAGUGGUGAGACCGAGGACACCUUCAUUGCUGACCUCGUUGUCGGUCUGGGAACCGGUCAAAUCAAGACUGGUGCUCCAUGCAGAUCCGAGAGAUUGGCCAAGUACAACCAAUUGUUGAGAAUCGAGGAGGAAGUCGCUGGUCACUCCAAGUUUGCCGGAGAGUCCUUCCGUCACCCAUCCCUCUAA